UACAUCGCAAUCUGCACGAGCGACGCUCAGCGCAACACCAAACUCUUCCUGCACCGCCGCCACCCCGACAACACGCCCACAAUGGUCUCCUUCUCCUUCACAUCUGCUCUUGCAGCCGCAGCCAUGCUGAUGGUGGCCUCUGCCCAGUCGUCCGACGACUUCUGGAGCACCGUCACAACGCCCUCGGCCAUCGCGUCGCCCACCACCACCCUCCCCGCCAGCGCCAUGUCGACGAUCGGCUGCUUCGAGACGGGCACACCGCUGUCCAACUACGGAUUCUAUAAAUAUCAGAGUCCCGGCAACUGCCAGCUGGUCUGCAUCGAAAAUGGAAAGAACGUGCUUGGCCUCGCAAACGGCGUCGACUGCUGGUGCGGUGACAAGAUCCCGGCAAAGGAUUGGCAGGUCGACAACUCCACAUGCUCCACAACGUGCGGAGGAACUGAUAAGGAACUCUGUGGUGGAGCCAACAAACUCUGGGUCAUGCUUACCGGCAACACUCGCAACCAGGUCGAAUACUAUGAUAUCCCGGUGGAAUCCUCGUCAUCUUCAAAGAAGUCGUCGUCGUCUACAGCAGCAGCUACCUCAACAAGCGCUGCUGCCAUUGUCUCCGCCACGCCGUCGGCCAGUGCCACUAGCGCUCCAAGCAGCUCGCCCAACACAGCCGGUAUCGCCGCAGGUGUCGUCGUCGGCGUAGUCGGUCUUGCUGCUAUUAUUGGCGGUGUCUGGUUCUUCCUGCGCCGAAGGCGCCAGCACCAGGCAGAGGAGGACUACCGCCGCAACGCAGCCGGCGUGAACGACUUCAUCAACGGAGGCAAGACUAGCGCUUCGUCCGUCAACGACUCGCGCAUCGACCCCAGCUUCAUGGACCGGAGGCAGAGCAAUGGCAGUAUCGCUGAUAACGAGGAUUACUCGAGGAGGAUAUUGAAGGUCACCAAUGUAUGAGCGCGAACCAAAUGACGAGGGCUCCUGGCAGCCUCAUCCCGUCAACUUCAUUCCGCCAGUACGCAUCUCCUUUCACGACCGAAUUGGAGUUCUUUUGAUGAAUACCUCAAUACCCCGAUACCACCUCGCUAAUCCACCUUCUCUUAUGUCUCGCAUUUGCGGUGCGCGACCACGCUUGACGACGAGAGUAAGAAACCAUUCUGCGUUUGAGCCCCUGUGAGGGGCGUUGUCCGUCCCCUAGGAGCAACUGAAUACCAACAUUUGCCGGGGCCUUUCCUCUGUUAUAUAUCUCCGAAGCUUUUCCGAUCACAGCUGGCGUCUUGGGAGUUAGA